AUGUUCGCCAAAUUGAUCUGCAUCGCUGCCCUUGCCAUCUCGUGCGUAUGUGCCAAACCGGGAGUCGUCGCUCCGGUUGCCUACUCUGCCCCGUUGUUCGCUGCACCGGCUCCAGCUUUCGCGACUGCCCAGAGCUCCCAGGUCAUCGCUCGUAACUACAACGGAGUUGCUCCUCUGGCUUACACCGCCGGCGUGGCUGCUCCGUUGGCUUACUCUGCCCCAGCAUUAGCUGCUGCUGGUCCUCUGGCCUACACUGCUGCCCCUGCUUAUGCUGCUGCUUAUGCCGCUCCAUAUGCCGCCCCAUAUGCCGCUCCAUUUGCGUCUCCAUAUGCCACCUACCCUUAUAGCUCAUACGUGCUGUAAAUAUUGUU